CGGCAGCCGACGCCCGGCUCUGCGCAGGCGCCCGCUGCCCCGGCGCUCCCGCCUUAACAGCCCGGCCAGGAAACGUGCUGGCUCUCGCAGCGUGAUCCGCCAGCGCGGGCACAACGGGGCGCGGAACGUCAGUGCGCGAGCCGCGGGGGACGGUGGUGGCGGGUGCGCGCGACGUCUCACCUGGAGCGCGCUGCGGGGCGGAGAGGCGUGCGGGCUCUUUGCCCUCUGCGUCCUUGUUGUCUUGUUAACUUCUGGGCUUCCCGCCUCUUCCGAGGUUCAUUCUUGCGUAGGUUCCAGGAGCCGGCGAACGGUCCACGAUGAGCUGCAUGACAAAGAAUCUGCAGGAGGUUGUGAAGGCCCUCGGCGAUGUUCGCGGUUUUGAUAGACUUUUGCAAAAGAUAACUGUUGUCUCUGCUACUCCUGGGAAAGUGAUUUGUGAAAUGAAAGUAGAAGAGGCGCAUACCAAUAAAAUGGGCACUCUCCAUGGGGGUAUGAUAGCCACCUUAGUGGAUAACAUAUCAACAAUGGCUCUGCUAUUCACAGAGAGGGGAGUCCCUGGAGUCAGUGUCGACAUGAACAUAGCGUACAUGUCACCUGCUAAACUAGGAGAAGAUAUACUGAUUACAGCACAUAUUCUGAAGCAAGGAAAAACCCUUGCAUUUACCUCCGUGGAUCUGACGAACAAGGUCACAGGAAAAAUAAUUGCACAAGGCAGACACACAAAACACCUUGGAAACUGAGAGAACAGCAAUGUCACCUGAAGAAACCCAACAAUGAAUAUCAAGUGUAAAUUUGACUUGAACAAAUGUAAUUUUCAAAAUAAAUUAGCACAACCAGAA